GUUACACCCACUGGUGCAUUGCCUAUGGUAUAGAAAGAAGAAUAAUUAUGGCCAAAGUUUUUGUUAAAACGCCUUUACAAAUUGUUUAUAAGUUUAUUAAUAGUUAAUUAUUUAUUCAUACUAAUACUAUAAGAUGUUAGUACUUGUGUUGGGCGAUCUUCACAUUCCACAUAGAUGUAGCAAUUUGCCGGCUAAGUUUAAGAAACUUUUGGUGCCAGGCAGGAUUCAGCACAUAUUGUGUACCGGCAAUCUCUGUACGAAAGAAUCGUAUGAUUAUUUAAAGACUCUAGCUUCUGAUGUCCACGUCGUCAGGGGAGAUUUUGACGACAAUUUAAACUAUCCAGAACAAAAAGUGGUAACAGUGGGACAGUUUCGUAUAGGAUUGUGCCAUGGACACCAGGUGGUUCCUUGGGGUGACCCGGAAUCUUUAGCGCUAAUUCAAAGGCAGCUGGAUGUAGAUAUUUUGAUUUCCGGACAUACCCACAAAUUCGAGGCAUAUGAACAUGAAAACAAAUUCUACAUCAACCCUGGAUCUGCUACCGGAUCCUAUAAUGCUUUAGAUACGUUUAUAACUCCAUCAUUCGUGUUGAUGGACAUCCAAAACACAACGGUGGUCACUUAUGUGUAUCAGCUGGUUGGUGAUGAUGUGAAAGUUGAAAGAAUUGAAUAUAAAAAGAAUUAAUGCAUAAGGAAUACCCACUUUCUUGGGUAAAUGAUUUAUUAUCACUAAUGGCUUGCAAAAUAUAUGGGAAUUAUUUACAGAUUUAGGACCGAAAUGUUAGCAUGAUACCAUUGCAUUUUAUAAUUUUUUUAAAGAAUGUUUUGACAGGUUCAAAAAUUAAUAAAAUAAAACAAUAUUAAAACAAAUUUGAACCAAAUAUAAUUCAAGUAUUAACAUAUUUUUUAGAAAUAUACAACAGACUAUUUGAUAGUGGAAAAAAUUGAUUGCAAGUAAGUUUUUUGGGGCAGCUAAUUCUUAUAUAUUUGAUAUCCUUGAAAUAAAAUGUGAACCCUUGCCAAUGUACUUAGCCCGAAGUAGGUACAUAAACUUUAAAGCAGUCUCCAAAUUUAGAUAAAUUAGAUUUUUAAUUUGACCUACUAAAAAAAAUCCGUGCCCCAUGUACCCCCAUAAAAAAAGCCCAAAUUAUAAUUAUUAUUCUCACAAUCUUGAUAUGAGUUAAGGUCGCAUAACAAAGCAAUAGUCAUAGGUUAAAUUGACAAUGACCUCAAUAGUUCGUAAAAAAAUCUUGUUAACAUGUAUAGGGGGUUCCCAAAAUUUUAAAACUAAUAUUGUGUGAUGAAAACAAAACUGCCAGUAAUUAUCUUAGAAUAAUUAAGAGAUAAUUAAAAUGAUCUUCAUAGACGAAAGCCUUACAUAAUUCACCAUAUUAUAGAAUUUAGAAAAGCCUUAUCCCUUGGUGCCAACUGUUUGACCUUAUUCUCUUAUGACGUUACUAAAUAAUGCGUUUUCUUGACUUUUUCAAAAAUAUGCAAGAGAAUUAAACUCCACAAAACUAACCCGUCAAAUAACCUGGGCCGUUUAUCAAAAAUAAAUUAUAGAAUA